AUGGAAGCUGAAUAUGAAGAUAUAUUGUCAUCACAAGAAUUGUUCAUAAUUGCGUCACCAUCCGACCGGACGGAGGGGGAGAAGCUGUUUAAGUUCAAGAAAGCAGUAUCAAGUUUUACGACAGUUUCAUCUGUAAAUAUGCCUUCGUUAGAAGCAGUCUCAAGAUGUGAACUUCAUGAGCUAUCCAGAGAUAUGCAACAACUUGAUUAUUCAGUUGAAAAUUUGCUUCAAUCUCUCGUAUGCUCUUUUGCUGGUUUAUUGGAACGGCAAAAUGUUUACCUUUUCGAGCAUAUUAAAGAGCAAAAAGAAAGCGAUGGUAGUGAUAUUACCGAGUUUAUAUGGGAUGAGUACUCCUACCCACCAGAAAAAGAAUUAUCUGUACUGAGCAUGAAGCUUUAUAGGCGAUUUCAUGAUAUUGAUAGACGUCUGAGACGCAAUGCUGAUACGUUUGAAAAUAAUAUUAAAAUUGCCGCAGGAUAUCAACUGCCUUACAGCACAUUAGCUAGCAGAAACUUAAUUGACUUAAUACCUAGAACUUGCGUAAUUGAUACUGAUUAUAUUCAGUCUGUUUUCGUAGCCGUACCGAAGUUGUCAAAUGUAAAUUGGUUGAGUGUGUAUCAAAGUCUUCAUGAAUCCGUAGUUGCUGGUUCAAGUUGCUUCAUUGCUGAAGAUGAAGACUACAAGUUGUAUUCAGCAGUAAUUGUCCGACAUGAUUUUGAAGAGUUUCGUAGAAAUUGUGCAAAGUAUCAAUUUAUAGUUCGACGAUAUCCAACUGAUGAUGAUCAGUACGGCGCUACUUGUCAUAGAGAGUUUAAGUUUUACGAAGUUACACACUACCAGAAUAAGGUAUUUGUAGACUACUUGAAAGCAGUAGUUCUUGAAAUAUUUGAUUUAAUACUUCAUAUAAAAGUUCUUCGAGCACAUUUGGGAAACUUAGCUAUGUUUGGUGGACGUGUUUGUCAUCUCUUGAUACUUUAUCCUGAAAAAGAUAUGGAAUCACAGCUACAACAGAAACUCAGAGAAGCGUUUGAUGUAAAGAAGGGUGAAACAAAUGAAAUUAACGACACAUUCACUUCAGGAACCUGUCCACGUACAUGCUACUUAAUCUACAAAAUGAAUCUCAAAUACUUGUAG